UAACGCUGUCAAACUUAUUAUUAUAAAUAAAAGUAAAUUCUUAUUAUAUUGUUAAGACUCUCUACAACAGUAAAGCACAUAAUUUUAUUAAAUACAUAAUGUCCUCCCACGCAUCAACAAAAAUAGACCAAAAGGAAUAUCUAAAAAGGUACUUGUCUGGCGAUAAAGUUAAAAAGAAAAAGAAAGACAAGAAGCGGAAAAAAGAAGUUGGCGGAACUAAAGUGAGAAUUAUUGACGAUGAUGCCGCAUGUAAUCAGACACAAGAAGAAUUCGACGAGGAACUUAUUUUAGGUGGCGAGGAUGCGCCACAAAUUGUUGGUGAAUAUAUAGAAGAGCAAAGCAUUAAUGCCAAAGCGCCUAAGUGGCGCAGCAUUGUUAUUAAAGAUGAACCAGAUCAGGAAAGUGAGAUGGGAGUGGAGCGCAAUGCAAACGAAGAUUUGUGGGGACCCAAGCAAAUAAAGCGUGAGAUCAAAGAUGAAUUCUCACCGCCGCGUCGACAUACAAGCAAAAGGCAAAAUUCGAAUACUCCUGAUAACUCGCAACAGAGACAAAAAUCUUAUAAAAACCAGAAGUCACUAAAGAGUGAUUCACCGAUAAGAAACACAGAGCACACACAUUCUCGUAGUGAAGGUAAGGAAAGACAUCAAUCACCUGAUCAGAGCCCGCAGAGAAGAAAAACCACAUCCAUUUAUAAGCAAUUAAACGUGGAAAAGCUUUCUUCAAUUGAUCGAAGUCCACCUAGAAGAAGGGAACAACCAUUAGAUAACAGUCCACCAAGAAGGCGUAACUAUUCGCCUGACCAAAGCCCUCCAAGAAAAAGUAAAGCAUACACAUAUGACGACAGUCCUUCAAGAGGCUAUCAGAAUAAUAAUACGCAUAAGACAAGAAAAAAUUCUGAACACAGUCCAAUCAGAAAAACCAACUAUUCAUCCAAUUCACGUUACAGUAUGGAUAGAAGUCGUUCGCCCGCAAAACCCAGCUCUAAUAAAAGAGAGCACUCAUCUGACCGUAAAACCCAUAAAUCUAAUCAUAAACGUAAUGGAAAGUCAUCUAGCAGCGAUCAAAGUCCUCCGAGGAAGUUCAAACAUACAAAAAGUAAAAGAAAAAGUCGUAGUGUUAGCAGCGACCAAAGUCCUCCACGACGCCGAAAUCGUGACCUAACUAGUUCCGAUCAAAGCCCACCAAGAAAAUUGAAAAAUAAAUCAAACACAAAUCGUAGAAAAAGUCGAAGUCGUAGCGUCGAUCAGAGCCCACAACGUCGAAUAAAACGUGAACCAUCAUCUGAUCAGUCUCCACCAAGGCGUAGAAUCAUAGAAACAAAUCGCAAAAGAAGCGUAUCACCAAGACAAAAUAAUUACAGAAAAUCUCGUGACCAAUCACCACCAAGGCGCUAUAACGGUAAUAGUCAAAGCAGUAAUUCGCCUACACGUAUAAAACGCGAAAAAAAUUCACCAAAUCUAUCUCCGCCACGAGUUAGUCAUCGUAACAUAAAAAAGGAAUAUUCAUCCUCACCACCACCUACGCACAGCCGCUGGUCCAAAAAUGAGCAAAGAAGAAGCGAUUCGCCACCGCCAACUCACAAGCCAAAAGCAACCAAAACACUAGAUGGCAAAAAAGCUGGUCUGCAGAAUGCCAAAUCGUUGGUAGAAGAAACCGAAGAGCGCCGACGGAAAGAAGAUCGAAUGUAUAAAGAUAUGUCCAAGGAAAUAUCGGGUCGCGAUGCUGAGGUGAGAGUGCGUAGCACAGGCCGAAAAGGACAACGUGCACGUGAUGCCGAAGCAGAGGACCCUGAAGUGCGAAAACGUAAGGAGGAACAUGAGCGCAAGAAAAAGGAAAAAUACGAUCGUUGGGGCAAGGGUUUGAAACAAGUUGAGGAAUAUCGACAGCGCACGGAAGCCGAAUCAUAUGAAGGCAGUAAGCCGUUAGCACGCUAUGAAAAUGAUGAAGAUUUGGAUAAGUAUUUGCGUGAGCAAGAAAGAGCUGAAGAUCCAAUGUUAGAAUAUAUGCGGAAAAAGAAAAAAGAACGCCAGAAAGAGCAGGGGGCACUUGCGGAGAUGCCCAAAUAUGAAGGUUCAUAUCCGGAGAAUCGAUUUAGUAUACGCCCCGGCUACAGAUGGGACGGUGUGGACAGAUCCAAUGGGUUUGAGAAGAAGUGGUUUGAUGUGCAAAAUGAAAAACGAGCACGACAAGAAGAGGCGUAUCUUUACAGUGUGGAAGACAUGUAGAAAUUUUUUGUUUAUAAGCAUCAUGGAGAAAAUCUACAAAACGUCAUUCCAAUUGCUAUUUGUAAUUCAACGAAUUCAUACAUACUUUGUUUAUAAAUAAAAUAUGGAGAAAGAUCGGUUAAUUUUAGGUCUAUAAA